CCACCAUAUUUAUUAGAUGAAAAACAAAAACAAAAGGAUACUGAUUCUGACUCAAAUUAUACGUCUAGUACAUCUUGUAAAUCUGAUGAUACAUGUGAUUCAAACAGAUCUUCUGAUAAAGAUCAAAUCGCUCAAUUACGCCAAGAAAGUUACAUAUGGGUCGCAGCUAAUGAAUUUCAUUUAAGCGAUGAUCCUACAAAAGAUGUUGAAGAAAAACAUCUUAAACGAUAUCUUUCUCUUACUACUAAUCAAAAAAAUCUCUUAACCUCUAUUACCAUUCAAGAUUAUCAAGAGAAAGAGUAUGAACAACAAUUCCAAUAUAUUGCUAAUGAAGAUAUUGCCGAUAGAGAUAUUGCUGAUAAAAAUAUUGUUG